UCUAGCAGCCUCAAACCACACCAGCCAUGUCCUGCCUAGGGCUCCUGACUUUGCUCUGGCUGCUGGCAGUGCCACCAAUGUGCCCCGCCUCAUGGGCUCCGGAAGACACCGUCACAGCUGACACCAUCCUCACUUCGCUGGAGAGGGCCACCUCUUUUCUGCAGAAGCGGCUGUCAGAAAUCAACCUGGACGGCGUAGUUGGCUUCCGGGUGCUAGAAGUACAACUCAAAGGCAUCCAGGAGAAAUGGGCGCGGGACCCCAAGACCCGGCCACUGAGCCUGCGCGUGGAGCAGCUGGCAGCGAAGCUGGCAGGCCUUCUGCAUGAGGUCACCAUCCACCUGGAGCGCAGUGAUGCCCAGUACCUGAGAGACUUCCAGCCCACCAUUCUGCCCGGGUUCUGGAAGCUCCCACGCAUCUGGGCUCACACCAAUGCCUCCCUGGUGUACCCCACUUUUGAGAUGGAAGACUCGUUCUCAGAAGAGCACAGCGACAUGUGCCUGGUGCAGCUGCUGGGGACCGGGAUAAACAGCAGCGGACCCUGCGCACUCUCCGGCUUUUGCGACUCACUCAUGACCAAGCCGGGCUGCCUGGGCUAUGGCCUGUCCCACCAGCUGCUCUUCUUCCUUUUUGCCAGGAUGAUGGGGUGCACAGAGGGGCUGCUGGACCAGAGCCAGCACUACAUGGACCGCUUCUGUGCCAACAUGCUGUAUCUGAACCGCAGGGUGGAGGCUGGGGGUUACCCCUACAUCGCCUGGGACAUCUUCUGUGAAAAUAUCAUGUUCUGCGGGAUCAGCGGCUUCCUGGACUUCUACAAGCCCAGGUGGCUUCGGGCCAUUCUCAGCUGGCAGAAGGCACAGGAAGGAUGCUUCGGAUUGCCUGAUGAAGAGGGGCCUGACCCCCAGCACAGCCAGACCCAGCACCAUUUUCGGAGAAGAGUGAAACGGCGAGACAAACAAUUCUCAGAUGGCUGCUCCUCACACAACACAGCUGUGGCCGUCUCGGCCCUGGGGGGCUUCCUCUAUGCCCUGGUGGACCAUCCCCAAGAGUUAGGGGGGCUAGACCCAAGGACAGCGACCCAAGACUACUGA